AGCAUCUCCCGUCGUCGCUUAAGCCUACCAAGAUACCUAGGAAAGGAAGCAACCUGAAUUUGUGCUCAGCCGGCGAGCAAACCGUAAAGCGCUACCUGAGGAGAUAAUUAACAAAAUGCCUCCACGUCACCAGACCCUGCCCCCGGCGCAGACCUCGUCGGCGCGCGAGGCGCUGCAGUCCUUCUACUGCCAGCUCUGCCAGAAGGGGUACAGCCGGAUGAACGACUACGAGUCCCACCUGAGCUCGUACGACCACAGCCACAAGCAGCGCCUCAAGGACAUGAAGGCCAUGGUGCGCGACCCCAACGCCGCCGCCCGCGCCCGCAGGCAGGAGGCCAGGGCCGAGGGCGUCAUCAGCAUCAAACUCGGCGAUGCCGCCGCUGCGGGGGCGGGGGGCGGGGGAGGAGGCGGGACUGCCGCCGCGGCUGGGGGUGGAGGGUUCAGGAAGGGCGGGUUUAAGAAGACGGGGUUCAAGGCCGCGUUUGUGCCCGUGGGGGCCGGGGGAGGCGAGGAGGAGGAGGCUAAGAGCAAGAAGGCGGGGGAUGUGAAGGUGGAAGAGGUCCCCGGCAAGGAAGACGCGUCUGCGGUGAGGAGCGAGCUGGUCGAGAGCGAUACCGAGGAUGAGGGCUACGAGGUUUACGACCCGAGAUUCCCGACCGACUGAAGGGCAGCACGAUGAUAUUUCCUGUGGCAGCCGGAUGGACACGACGAGAGUCCGCAACUACAGGGGUGGACAUUAUUUUGGGACAAGAGCACCCAUACACGACGACUAUAUCUCCGGCUGGAACAUGGACAUGUCCUCCUCCAGCAA